GACCAAACGGGACGAAACCACUCCGCCGGGGGCUUUCCGAUAAGCUGCUCCAAUCACGGCUGUGUCAGCCCGCCUGCGCUCGGGGCGGCUCGUCUCGCGGAGGAACCGUUGACGCUAGCUAGCUAGCUAGCCACACCAGCAGCUAGCGGGCUAACUAGCCGCAGCGCCCGAGUGAAGUGAGCAAGUCGCGGCGUGUGAAGCUAACGUCCCGCUAGCAUCGCGGCGAGGGGGCUGCUUUCAGAGCACCGUUGGGCUGUUCAUAUCCCCGGAGGAGGUUGUUGUCGGCGGCUGCAUUGUUGUGCUCGUCUUCCUUUUUCAUUGUCGGUGCCCUGACUGAGUCCACGCAUGCUAGCAAGAACCAGUUAGCGUGAUGUGUCACAUUAGCUAACGAACCAGUUAUUUUUUUUUGUUUUUUGUUUUUUUUUACAAAACGAAAUUCGGGACGCGGUUUUAUCAUAUCAUCCCGCCAUGACGCCUGUGUAUUAACUUUUUAAUGUCGUAUCGUCCGACAGCGAGUCGUCCCUCCAGAAGAACCCGACGCGGAGUAUGCAGGAGGAGAAAAGACCCCAGAUAAGUAGAUAGGGGACGUCGGACACUAGCCGAGUUUAAAACUGGACUGCGUGGUGGAUCGAUUCGCCACCCGAUUUGGGAUCGCGUUUGGUGGCCUGACGGAGGAAGCGAGAGGAUGAAGAAGUUUUCCAGAAUGCCAAAGUCCGAGAGCGGCGGACUCGGAGGGGCGUCCGGGUCCGGAUCCAGCUCCGGAGUCAGCAGCUACUUCGGGAAAGUGUUCGCGGUCGGCCGGUAUCAAGUCACCGUGGAGGAGCUGAUUGCAGAAGGAGGCUUCUCCGUGGUGUUCCUGGCUCGUACGCACAGCGGCGUCCGAUGCGCUCUCAAGAGGAUGUACGUCAACAACGUCCCGGACCUGAACGUCUACAAGAGAGAGAUCACUAUCAUGAAAGAGCUGUCGGGCCAUAAGAACAUCGUCGGCUACCUGGACUCAACAAUCAAUGCGGUGUCGGACAGCGUAUGGGAGGUCCUGAUUCUGAUGGAGUACUGUAAAGCCGGUCAGGUGGUGAAGCAGAUGAACCAGCGGUUAAACGUGGGCUUCAGCGAGGCCGAGGUCCUCCACAUCUUCUGCGACACCUGCGAGGCGGUGGCUCGCCUUCAUCAAUGCAAGACGCCCGUCAUCCACAGAGACCUCAAGGUUGAAAAUAUCCUGCUGAACGACCAGGGGAACUAUGUUCUGUGCGACUUCGGCAGCUCCACUCACAAGGUUCUGCUGCCACAUAAAGAUGGAGUGACUGCCGUGGAGGACGAGAUUAAGAAGUACACAACCCUUUCGUAUCGGGCGCCAGAGAUGAUUAACUUGUACGCAGGAAAAGCCGUCACCACUAAGGCUGAUAUAUGGGCACUUGGAUGCUUGUUGUACAAGCUGUGUUUCUUCGCGCUUCCAUUUGGGGAGAGUCAAGUUGCCAUAUGUGACGGAACCUUUAUCGUUCCAGAUAACUCCAAAUUCUCCUUCAAGUUGCACUGCUUAAUCAGAUAUAUGCUCGAACCGGAUCAGGAGAAGAGACCAGACAUUUACCAAGUGUCCUACUUUGCCUUCAAAUUAGCUGGAAAAGACUGUCCAGUGCCAAAUCUCUUUAACUCUCCCAUCCCUACGUCGCUCCCGGAGCCACUAACAGCGAGCGAAGUCGCUGCUAAGAAGAGCAUGACGAAAGCCAGGAUAACGGAGUCCGUGGGUCCAACAGAAACAUCCAUAGCUCCGCGACAGCGACCAAAAGCGGCCAACAGUAACGUCCUGCCUCUAGCCAACACUGUCACCCCCGUCAAGAUGACCGUGCCUUCAGCACCCGUCAGCAACGGCCAGAAAGCUCCCACUCCCGGCUCGGCGCAGCCAUCCAUGCAGCCGCAGCCCGGCAGCCAGCAGCACCGAGUCCUGCAGCAGCUGCAGCCCGGCGACCUGCGGCUGCAGCAGCUGCAGCAACAGCAGCAGCAUCACCACCACCACCAACAACAACAACAACAACAGGCAGUGCAGCAGCAACAUGCAAACGCACAGCAACUCCAUUACCUCCAGUACCAACAGGCUGUGCAGCAGUCCAUCCAGCUCCAGCAGCAGCAGCAGCAGCAGGCUUUGCUCCAGCAGCAGCAGCAGCAGCAGCAGCAACAGAUGAUGAUGCAGCCGAUGUAUCAGCAGCAGGUCGCUCAGGCUCAGGCUCAGGCUCAGGCUCAGGCUCAGGCUCAGUACGCAGCCAUGCUGCACCAGUACCAACAGGCUUUUGUCCAACAGCAACAGCAGCAGCAGCAUCAUCAACAACAUCAACAACAUCAACAGCAGCAGCAGCCGCAGCAUCAUCCCGCUCAGCAGCCUCUCCCCUAUAUGUCUUCCCCUCUUGAGUUCCAGAUCCCUCUGGGUUCCUAUAAUGCGACUACACCCACAGCUGGAACUGGACCUGCAACUGGAGCCGGUUCCGGCCAGAUUGGGGGACCGUCACCUGUGGAUCCCUCCUACACUAACCCCAGUAGAAACCCUCUGCUCGCCACAGACGGGAUCACUCCGCCUUCCCAGAGCUGCAGCAGCGCCGUCAGCAACCCGCCAGACAUGUCGGGCUGGAACCCCUUUGGAGAGGACAACUUCUCCAAACUGACCGAGGAGGAGCUGAUCGACCGGGAGUUCGACAUGCUCAGAGCAAACAAACCGGUGGAGAGAACAGCCAGCGUCGAAACGGACCGAACGCCGGCCGCCGCCUCCAUCGCCGCCAAGCCCCUCCCACCGGAGGAUCUGUUCGGCUCCGUCCCGUUCGUGGCCAACGCAGGUACCGAUGUGAUAAAAGCUGAGCCGACUGCUGAGGAAGUUCCUGCCGCCGUCUCACCACCUGCAGAGAGUCUGCAGCCGGCGGCGGCCAAAGAGCACAAACCCGGUAAAAAGAGCGGCUGCAGACCAGGCGAUGAGUCCGACAGCGACUUCGAGUCUGACCCGCCCUCGCCAAAAAGCAGUGAGGACGAAGAGGCGGAGGAGGAUGAGGCCUUGAACAGCGAGCACGGCGAUGAUACCGAGCCGGAGAACUUAGGACAAAGGCCUCUGCUGAUGGACUCCGAGGAAGAGGAGGACGAAGACAAGCACAGCUCUGAUUCGGACUACGACCCCAGCAGGGCGAAGAAUCGCUCCAAGAAACCCGCUGGCAGUAAAGCUGCGUCAACCAGGAGCCCUCGGAGGGAUUCGGGCACAACCCUGAUCACCCCUCCUGAGUCGCCCAGCGGCGCCAGAGCCGUGGAGGCUGUGGAUGUUUUCGGUGCUGUUCCCUUCCUCGGAGGAGCGUCGCCCGUCGGGCCUUCGGAGAGCUCGGAUAUCUUUGCCAAAGCGCCUUUUAGGCAAGUCAGCCACGAGCAGCCGACUGGGGACGAAUUUGAUGUUUUUACCAAAGCGCCCUUCAGCCGGAACCUCUCAAAGUCGGGCAAGAGUGGUAGUGACGUCCCCAUGGGCCAGACGCCGCCCAUAUCCCCCGAGGGCAUUGACAUUUUCGGCUUCUCGCCCUUCCAACCGGGCCCCACCGUGCCUCCUCCGACCACCUCCAGAAGCGCAGAGGACAUCUUCCGGUCGUCCUAUGAGGAGUCGGCCAGUCCUCAACAGCAGAGGCUGAAGCAGCGCAGCCUCCAGAAGCUUUCGUCACGCCAGAGAAAAACCAAGCAGGAGGCCACCGCAGGAGGCAGCAACGGCAAGCGGCACCACGGGACGCCGACUGGGGGGCGCAAAGGCAACAAGCCGACAUACCGCACACCCGAGAAAGUCCGCAGACACAAGAAGGUCGGCCGCAGAGACUCGCAGAGCAGCAACGAGUUCCUCAGCACCUCAGACUCUAAGGAGAACAUCAGUGUGGACAUAACCAUGGCUGAGGGGAAGGACAAAGGAGCGUCUCUGCCGGUGGACGAAGCCCUGUUAGACCCGUUUGGAGCCAAACCCUUCCAUCCUCAGGACGGCAGCCGACACAGCCAGUAUCAAGGCCUCAGCGACAGCAAGAGCGACAUGGCCACAGCCAACGGUAAGUCCUGGACGGGUUCCCUUCAUGGUGCUCUUGACGAGAGCAAAAUCAUGGAUGACUUCGGGGCGGUGCCCUUCACAGAACUGGUCAUCCACAGUGGACCUCAGCAGCAGCAGGCGCCGUCGCAGCCCGUGGACCUCGACCCCUUCGGAGCUGCACCUUUCCCCUCGAAGCAGUGACUUUUCCUGCGUCUUCCUGCUCUGCCAGUUGCUGUUAAACAACCCUGAAGCUUUUUUUUUUUUUUGGUUUGGGAUCAUUUUCAACCUGGAACGACAAGCUAACAAUGUGCUUCUUUUGUAAGAACAUUUUAAUUAGUUUGAGUUACAUAAACCUGAAUCCUGUGGAGUGAACGGCGUUUCCACAUAUCUUUCAGCUGUACCUGUUUGCUGAAAAGCCUUUUAUGCUGCAUUUUAACGCUCAUAGAGACAUUUGAACCGAGACAAAACGGGAGACCCACUCAAAAAUCGUACUGUGACUACAAAGCUUAACAUUUGACCGCUUGACUUGCUUCAAAAAGCUCUCUACGGCCGCCUGCCUUCUGAUCUACCAAUAUGUUUUUUAGCACCACAAAGCCUUACCUGAGCUCGGCCCUGCCUUGCUUCACAGUACCUCGGAAACCGCGACGCCAUCAGCCUUCACUGGCCCGGUGCGUCGUUUGAAAUCAUUUGGGAGUUGUCCUUAACCACUUUGUUUUUAUUAGACCUUUCUCUAUGCAUAAUUUCACAGUAGUCUUUUACGCAGCCAAAGGUGGUCGUGAUUUUUGUCGCAUUACACUCGGAAUACUAGAAGGGAUCGAAUUUUGUUGUACUUCCUUAAAAACGUUGGAGCUGUUAAUUUGGGUCAGGUUAAAAUUUAGGCUCUUAACUGUUCUCUUUUUUUUUUUCCUAGCAGUAAACUUCUAGGUAAGUACUGUUAAUGUUCUCUGUUUUUUUCUAUUAAGUUGCAACUCAACAUGUUCUGUUAGAAAUAAGAAAUAAAUAAAACACAAGGUUAGAUCACUGGUCAUUCGUGAACGUUGAACCCCAACAGAAGAUCAUUCGCUGUACUCUUAUUUUCUCUGCAAUGUAAGUGAACUCAGCAGUUUGGAUCAUUUUCAUGUGAAGUGGGAAUCAGUUGAAAGGUAACGCUGGUGGUAUUUUAUUUUUUGUAAUUGUCCCAUGAAAGGACCAAAACCGGUAGCAGCAACUUUUCGGUACUUGGCGAUAUCAAUCCUGUCCAGUUCAGCUAUUCCUAGGAUCUUUAAAGGAGUCGUCGUUCCUACGCUUUUUUUUCUUGGAGGUGGUUUAGGAGGUGGAUACCACACGCAUGUCUGGAAACAGUUAGCUUAGCAUAAGGGCUAGAAGCCGGGACAUGCUGUGAACAUCUGUAGCAACUCGUUAAUGGAGUGAACUUUGCAACUGCUGUACAUUAAACUAAAUGGUGACAAAUCUAUGGGCCUUUAUGCAACACACUGUUUCUUGGCAUCGUCCUGAGUUUCCAUAACAGACUUUCAUUCUUGCGUAAGGUAAAAAAAACGACAAAAAAAAACUCAAGAGACUGAUUUCUUCCACCUCUGGACAGCAUGAAACAUCUUUAGACCGCUCUCCUUUUUUUUCUCGUAGAUGGCCAAAGUUUUGUUUGUUUCACCUUUUUUCGUCUUCGUUUCUUGUUUGGGGUUUUGUCUACUCUGUCCAAUAUUUUGACGUUCAGAGUUACAUGUGCCCAACAGGAAGUCUCUUUGGCUGCAGUAGUUUUCACUUUGUAAAAAGUAAAUGUUUUCACUGAAAACUCUAAUUAUUUCUUUAAAGACAGGUCCUGAGUGUUUAGUUUUCAACCAAACUUCAUUGGUUUCGUGAAACAGCUGCACCACAUGACUCCAACAGGAAGAAACGGUGCAUUUAACAGGGACUAUUUUCAGCGGCGAAUUCAUUAACAUUUGGUUCUGUAGUGAGUCCAGUGCUACUGGCAGCAGGACACUGUAUGUGGGAUACUUUUUGGACAACAGUGGAGCUGAUUAAUUUAUAUCAAGCUGUGAUUUUUUAUUUUUAUUUUUUUAUCCUGUAAAUGGGAUCAAUUCAUUAGUGUUUGGUCUUUUCAUGGGAUUUGAUGACAAAGAAAAUGAAUCACCAGACUUGGUCCUUAACGUGGGCCUUUCCACUGCACAGUGACGUAAACUGGCACAUUUAUAAAGGGGGGGAAAAAAACAAGACAACAUUCAAAUCCAAUCUGUGAUGUAAUGUUCUGGUCAUUUGUCUUCAUGAAUACACUCUUCAGCACCGAAUUCUUCCUCUUCAUCACCGGCCUUAAGCACUGCGUUCAGCUACUCAACCAUCGGCACAUCUGUUCAAAUGAAACCAUCGGAACCGUUUGAUAAUUUUCCAUCCUCCUCCUUUUUUUUCCCACCAGGGUAAAUCUGACAUUGUAUUUAUCUGCUAUACUGCUGUUGGAUGCAAUAAAUAAAGUUUCAUCUCAGUGAUCCAAAGUG